AUGUCGCCUCCAAGCUCCUGGUUCACCGAAGGUCAUAUGCGCCAAGCCAUCCAGGUGGGCAAAGUUAUCAGCCUUUCCCACCCAAAGCCAAGCAAGUGGAGGAUCCUCGAAGUCCUUGGUGAACACGACUGGCAAAAGUACGAAACUGCCAGAUAUCCCUCUUACGUCGCUGUCCAACUAUCGUGUAUUGAGGUCGGAGGCUCUGGAAGACGUUCGAUGAUGCGCAUCGUUAUGCAAGUCCCGUAUCUCGGAACAGAAGAUAAGGACAAGGACUCGGCUACACGGGCAAAGCAAGCGACGAAAUUCAGGUCAGCGGAAUUUCGCGCAUUUUUGACCUUCGAAAAACAACAUUCAACAUGCACACCUCCCCUCCUUGGCUAUCUUGAGGACCAACAGGACCGCUUUGGGCCAGUUCCUGGCGGCUUCAUCACAUACUAUGCUUGGGAGGCUGUGCCUGGAAUACGCCUUGGCGAUUACACUGGGAAGGCUCCUCAGUUCUGGACCUUAGACAAGAAGGAGCGAGAGGAAAUUCGUGUUGCUUUUCGGCAGAUCUACUUUGAAAUUACAUCAAUGGGUAUCUGGCCGGAUUCUGCUGCCGCUGCGAAUCUAGUGUGGAACUCGGAGACUAAAUCCCUUACCUGGGUAGGGUUCUGGAAUUGUAGGGCCGCCCAGCCACAGCCCUGGAAAGAUUGGCUAUUACCACGCUUUGAUUUCGUCAAAUCCGAUAAGUCAUGGACCGAUCCAGAUUGGAAUGGCGAUACUUCUAAGUGGGAAUACUAG